ACCUUAAGUGAAGUACGUCGUAAGGCAUUCACUCCUCGACAGCCAUCUUGUGUUUUGUUUUCGCAUCACACACCAUGUGGGGGAUUGUUAUCUAUUGUGUCAGCGUCCUUGGACUGACCUUUGUCCACUCGGUAGAGAUCGUGAACGUAGUUGUGGACGAUUACGCUAAAACAGAAUGCCAGGGAACUCACGUUGGUUUUGGAUUUUCUGGUGGGCACCAGUUCCAUUACGAGGCUCUAAAGCGGAGAUACAAGGACUGUACAUAUGUAGAGGGAAACCUGGAAAUCACCAACCUUGUCAACUCAGCCAACAUAACCUAUGACCUCAGUUUCCUGUCUCAGAUCGAGGUUGUGACGGGCUACGUUCUCAUUGGUCUGCUGGACGUCGACCACAUCCCACUGACGAGUCUCCGGUUUAUCAGAGCAGACAAUACCUAUAACAUCAUGGGGGAGGAAUAUGGCCUCGUUCUGGCAUUGACGGCUGAGGCUGAUGGGAAGGAGUUUCAGAAAGAAAACUCAACUGACGGGGAACAGGAAAUUUAUAGACAUGGACUGGUCGAGCUUCAACUUCCGUCACUGAAAGAGAUAUCAAAGGGGAAAGUUUUGUUCUACAAAAAUCCGAUGCUGUGUUUUGUUAAUACCGUCAACUGGCACGCGAUCGUCCCUGGGAGGGAUGAACCCGUCAAUUAUGGCGACGACGCCUACAGAUUCGACUGUCCUUUGGAGUGUGACUCCGCAUGUCGGUUUGGAGACGAUAUUGCGCACUGCUGGGGAUUAAACCCACUUAUGUGUCAGAGACAUGAGGUGCCAGUAUGGUGUCACCAAGACUGCCCUGGGCGUUGCUAUGACAGCUACAUCCUGGGAUGUUGCCAUCCAGAGUGUGCGAUUGGCUGUUAUGGCCCACGUGACACCGAUUGUGAGUUGUGUAAAUACUUCAAACACGAAGGACGAUGUGUGUCGUCCUGUCCUGCCGGUAUAUCGUACAGGAAGGGCCAGGAAUGCAUCCGAUUAUAGACACAUAGACAACAUUCACAUUUGGUGCUAAUUUCUGGUUGUAUUCUUCCUGUUGUGACAAGAUUGUUUCCAUUCAUGAUGAAAGUUUUAAUAUUUAAGAUGUUUAUAUAUUUAAUCAAACAAUUUAAAAUGUUGGACAGAAUUUAUAGUGUUUCGUCAUUCAUGAUAAGAUUUAAAUGACUAAGAUGUGUAUAUUAUUAGACAAAUUGAUAUCUUGAACCUUAUUUGUUGUGUGAGGUAAUUUAUGAUGUAUAUGUAAACUACAAGUAGUCGUUUAGAAUAUAAUUAUGUUCAACCUAUACUAGCAACUGGUUCUGGUCAAUUACAUCCUCCAUAUCCAGGGAUUACGCUCACGUAUGCUCUCUGCACCUAUGGGAUAAGUCAUAGCAAAUUUAAAGGCUCCGGCUAGCAAUUUGAUUGGUCUCGGGUAAAAAACAUAAAUCAAUCGCUAGUCUGAUACCCGUCUUUUAAACAUUACAGAGAAGGUUCAUCCGACGUCAAAGCCAGUCAAUUUUACCGUUACGCGACUACGAGAUUCAAAGGAUCAAAUUAGUCAAGUUUUAUUCACAAGGUGGUGCACACUGAGCCUUCAAUUUUGUAUGACAUAGUCAGGGUGUGCAAUGCAGCGAUCGUAACUGAGCGUAACCCAUGGCGAUGUUGUAGGGAUUUCUUUCAUAUAUCAACGAUGAAUUCUAACAUGCACAAAAAAUAUCACCCACUGUUUGCAUAAUUUUUCGUGUUUUUGAGUCAUUUUCAAACAAUGCGUUUCGUAUAUAAGUCGUACAAUUUUUGGAAACUUGAACAUAUGUGGGGCGGGAAACUGAAAUGAACAUGUGCUCUGCCGAUCACACUCAUAACAAUUGUUUGGAUGUAAUGCAUGAAUUAUAAAAUGCUUACAUAACCAUUAUUAAAUUAAAUAUGAAUACUCCGUGAAGGGAAGUAACUCUAGUCAGAAAACACCUCUACGUAGACUGGAUUGCGUGCCGUAUUUAUUUCUACCCUCCGCCAGACUUCCCUUCAAUUGAUAUCCAAGGUUGCAGCCUAGCGGAGAGAAAUGGUACUGCGGCAGACAAUCCAGUCUACUCCUUUAUAUACAGAAAUGAACUCUUCUCGCAAUUGUGAUGGGUUCAAUCUUUUCUGGACACAACGGUCAUACUAAAUGAGACCGUUCACGAUUUUCUUUAAGUGUGACAUUAAAUGCGCCCAUACACGGUAUCAUUUUUAACGUUUUGUUUAAAAGAGACUUCAAAAUGAAGUUUUUCAUUACGAAAAGCUUCUUAUUGCACUUAUUAGCUCACCACCUGAAAUUUAUUUCUGUUCCUGACCUUCAAGUACUAUGAACACACGGACGGUAUAAAUCGGUCCCUCACUGUAAUCACAUUGUUAUCAAAUGAUCCACUUUCUAUAUUAUUUGUAUGAUAAUGUGAUUUUUGUUGAUAGCUUUGAGUAAACGAUUCGUGUUUUUAUUUUUUUUCUAAUUAAGUAAACGAUUCGUGGUUAUUAUGUUUUUAAUUAAGGAGUACAACUAUAAGAGAAAAUCAAUACCGAAUACUCAAAUAACUCCUCUUAAACUAGCACGAAAAUGUAUGGUCUCAAUUGGUCUUUUAAAUGAUUUGUUGGUUAAUAAACCCUUUCACCCUUAUAUAACUUCAGUAGACUCUACCAUGCAUUGAUGUGGAUGAAUCCAUUAUGGUAUACAGUGAUUGGGUUAAUCAGCAUUAAUAUUUUGUAAAUCUUUUGAUGUAAUACAGUUAAUCUCUGAAGAUGAAAUAGGCUAUGACGAUAUUUCUAAAAUUAUACAGUAUUAGUUUAGUAUACUUUCUUUUUACAAGCAAAAAGACGCAGUUGUCAGCCAGCUUGAAAAAUCAGAAGUUCCAGUAUUUUUCAUUGUCGGAGAACAACUAUCAUGACCAUGGAGAAGUAAUGUCAGAUCUAUAUUUAGUAAAUGAUAAUUUUGAAACAGGAUAUAUUUCAUAUAUUGUAUUGUAGUGUAUUUGUCAAUCACAAAUAGAUAUUUAAUACAUUUAAUGGUGUACACCCACAUAAAUAGAGGGUACAAAUACACAAGUUAUCACAAACAUGGUGCCUUUUAUAUACAGGUCUCAUUAUGAUGAUUUACGUGACAACAUAAAUAUUAUAUCAUAUUUUUCCGGUUUAUUUUUUAUAUAAAGCAUUCCUGGGCCGUAGCCAUGAAACUGUUCUCAUGCUUCAGCAUGGACUCGGUGCUCGAGCCUAUUUUUUUGUUCCGGUCAUGCAUCAUUUUAAAAAUUGUCAAUGAUUUGGGGGAAAACAUGAAAAGACUUUUAGUCGAAUACUUAUUUCAAUGUUUACAAUUGACUUUUUAAGUGAUUUAAGUGAGUGACACUAAAGCUGGUUUGAGCAGAGAAUCCGUGCUGGAGCAUGAAAAAACUAUGAAUACGGGCCCUGGUCUUAACUUUUAUUACUUAUUGUUUUAGAAUACAUUGUUUGCUAUCUUUACAUUAUCUUAAAAUUGUAAUCUUUCAGUAACACCAAUUUCCGGUACCGUCAAUGUAUAUAUACUAUUACACAAGAUGGCGAUGUAUUUGAUGAAGACAACUGAUAACUGCACGACAAGCAUGGCCUCGUGAGAUUAACGAGUAUUUGUUCAAAAGUUUCAAAAUGGUAUUCUUGAAAAACAUCGGAAAAUUUCCGGGUAGUUUUCAUUCCGUCAUAAGCUGAUCAUUUUGACUUCCUAUAUAUGUAGUUUUUGUUGCAAAUUUCAUUUAUUUUGGAAUAUUAUUAAAAAUUUACGUUGACUUGACGUGAAGCUAAUCAUGCUUAGAUAUAAUCUAAAAAGAAUGGGUGCAGAGAUUUUAUUCUGAAUACAAACAUUUUUUAAUUUAUUUUUUUAAUUCAACGUUGACGCUUUAAGCUUAUUAGGCUGUACAUUAUUCUCUGUCAUAUUAAAACAAAGAAUUAAAACUGAUACAGAAUUGCAAAAUGAUGAUUGGAUGCAUCAAUACAAUAAUGUAUUUUUAAAAAGAUUGCAAUAUAGUUAUAUUUUAAUUUUUUGUUAACGUGUCAUUGAAGUUUUGAAUUAUAUUCAAAUUGACUAGAUAUUUAGAAACAAAACAUGAUGAAAAUUCCCUUUAGCAGUACCUUUAUUAUUUAACAUUUGUUAUAUUUUUACCAUAUAUAUUUGAUUAUAUUAAUUAAUAUUUGGGUUUCCUCGACCAACGAACGGUAUCGUAACACAUUCUAAUCCUUAAUUUUUCAGUUGUUAUAUGAUUGUCGAUUUAUGUAUUAAACUUUAAAAAAAAA